AUGGCUGCUCCCCUACAGUUCAAAGCUUACGAUCCUGCGUGUCGAAAACCACGCAAGCCAAAGCGAAUAGCUUCUGCUGCGCCCAGAAAGCAUCAUGGGGAUAAUGCGGAAACUCGGCAUGAUGGCCAGGCGUCUCAGUCCGUCGCGGAGGGCUACUUGGAGAUGAACAACCAGGAAGAUGUGAUGACCGUCGAUCUGACCGACCUCGAUGUGUGCGACGACCUAGAGUCUGUCCGGCAGCUCGUGGAAACAUGCAUGGCAUCUACCUUGUGUGGCAAUGAAGUCCGAGGACAUGCGAGUACUUCAUUGAGCCCGGCGCCUCAACUUAACCUGUCGACUGAGACACCGGAGACCAACCCAGGCGAUAUCCAGAAUCAAGACUCUGUACUUAUGGCGGAAGCCAACCCGCAAACACGGGUCGACGGAAUUGCUCCGACAAUCCCGGCCUCUCUGAGAGCGGCGAUGGACCUUACCGUGAAUGGUGCCAAUGAUGUGGCACUGGCGGCGAUGCGCCAGCCCAGAGCUGCUACCACCACGCAAUUGCCAGACCUUUCAAGGCUCAGUGCUCACCAGCGUGGGAGCGUCACCUCUAUCUCCUCGCCCGCUUUGAGCAUAUCUCCCUCCACACGUGAGGAUACUGGAAGUCAAUCUCUGGAGAGUCUAUUCAAUGAUGAGACGGGUUUUCAACGUUGGCUAGAUGCGGAACAACGGCAAGAUUCUGCACCAAGCUCCAAGCGAUUGAAUCGACCACUUGACGACAGCGGGUAUGACAGCAGUUCUGAGGACCAACGGGAAGCGAAGCGACCAAAACUAUCUUCUACUGCUGAAUGCGGCACCUUGCUGCGCGAGCCAGAUGUUUGCGAGAGUGCCUUGGCGCCCGACGAUACGGUUACUGCUCACCAUGCCUCUCGUCGAUUGCUACCAACUCGGCACAUCGAGGGCAACCCCAUCAGCCCCUCUGCAGGCACUCGCUCAGGAGCGGCCGCUUGUUUGCCAAGCCGCACUGCUGUGAAAUUCGCUACUCGUGGAGAUGUCACGACAAGUCAAUCUCACAUUGACUCACUCAGGCCGCCACCGCCCAUGGCGCUACCAGCAGGGUUCAGGGGAGGGCAAGAGAUAGAUCAAAGUGGGCAAUGCAACUUAUGCGCAAUCUUCCGCGCAGCCCUCUUCGAAACGCUUUCUUUGCUACACCACCCAUCGCACACGGCCGUUUCGAACACCCAACGGCACGCCCAGCCCAGGAGCAUCGUCUCGAAGCGGCGCUAUAGCCUGCGCAAACGACCUACGCCCCUUGAGAAUGGUUGCGAGGACUCGGAUGACAAUCCUGUUAGUUACAUGGACAAGCACUGCAACGGGAGUGAUGAUGGUGGCAUCGUUAGUGAUGAAAACGAAGACGAUGACUCCCUGAGCGAUACGGACAAAAGUAGGAACGUGUCUGUUAAGCGCCGUCGGUGGUCUGACCUUGAAGAAAGUCGACUAAGAGCAGGGAAGAGGGAGAACAAGUCGGAAUCGUGGAUCGCUUCCAAACUAGACAGAACGGUAUCGGCAGUCAAACAGCAGUGGCGCAAAAUGAGCGAAGACAAGAGCUAG